ACGGCCAGAAACCCGCCCCUUCGGGUCACGUCAGGUCGCGCCGCCUGGACCACCGAAAUGCGCUGCCUAGAAGUGCGGUGGGCGCCAGCGCUCGCUUCUGUGUGGGCUGUGAGAGUGCUUCUUGGGGUUCGGAGGGGAAGAGGGUAGGUUCUGGCGAGUUUUUCGUGCCAGUCUUGUCCGGCGCCGGCUUCCUCGUUUUCCUUAGCGCCUCGUCAGCACGCUGCCCCUGAACUCGCUUCUCUCUGACCGGAUGCCCCCGCGUCUCGGCCUCACAGAAGCCGCAGAGGUGGCUGCGGGGCCUCCUAGAGCCCCGGUCCAGUCCCUUGCCACCGAGGCGUGAUCCUCUUUGUUUAAAAGAAGUUGGCCCAACAGCCCCCCGUCGCCGCUUUUAAGGUUCUUGCUUUUCCAAACCGGGAAGAGUGCACAGAGCCAGGGGACAUCAGCCAUGCUCCAAAUCACUUGGCCUCAGGAGCCAGUGACCUUUGAGGACGUGGCUGUGUACUUCACCCAGAACCAAUGGGCCAGCCUGGACUCUGCGCAGAGGGCCCUGUACAGGGAGGUGAUGCUGGAGAAUUAUGCAAACGUGGCUUCCCUGGUAUCUCCAUUCCCCAGACCCGAUCUGAUCUCCCAGCUGGAGAGAGGGGAAGCUCCAUGGGACCCCAAUCCCUGGGAAGCAGAGGAUUUGAGAGGCAUCUGUCCAGGUGGUGAGAGGGGCAUCAAGACAGAAGAGCCGGCGGUCGAGCAGCAAGCCUCUGAGGGCACAGAGGCCCACGGCAGGCCCGUGGGAGGGCUUCUCACGAACGUGUCUCAGCACUUGGAUUUUGAAAGCAAGGCAGUGUGGCAGACUUUCAAUCUGAAUCCCAAUCUGAUACUCCGAGGCGGCAUGAAGUUCUACAAAUGUAAAGAAUGUGGCAAGAUCUUCCGAUAUAAUUCUCAGCUCCUUCGGCAUCAGAGUAGGCACACUGGGGAAAAGCCCUUCAAGUGCAAGGAGUGUGGCAAAGCUUUCAAGUCCAGCCAGAACUGUAUCAUACAUGAGAAAAAUCACAUUGGCAAAGGACCCUAUGAAUGUAAGGAGUGUGGCAAAGGUCUGAGUUCCAAAACUGCCUUGACCCAGCAUCAGAGGAUCCACACGGGGGAGAAGCGCUAUAAAUGUACGGAGUGUGGCAAAGGUCUGAGUUCCAGCACCGCCUUGACCCAGCACCAGAGGCUCCACACUGGGGAGAAGCUCUAUAAGUGUAAGGAGUGUGGGAAGGCGUUCACCCAGAAGAUCACCUCCAUUCAGCAUCAGAGAGUUCACACCGGAGAGAAGCCCUAUGAGUGUAAGGUGUGUCGGAAAGCCUUCAAGUGGUACCCCAGCUUUCUUCAGCAUCAGAAAAGGCACCGUGUGGAGAAGCCCAUCAAGGCUCUCGGGCCGCCCCUGCUGCGUCCCCAGGGCCCCUCUGCACCCUCAGCUCCCGGGCGUCUCCAGGGCCCGGGCUCUGCUCCUGCUGUGGUCAUGGCCUUGCCACACGCUGUCCUCAUUCCUGCCUCCGGGCCCGUGUUCAUGCUGCUGCCCGCCUCUGGGGUGCUUUCGUCCUCUGUCCAAGUAGUUCGUGUCUUCCAGGGUCUUCCUCCUGCUGUGAAGCCUUCCCCAGUUAUUCUGACCCCUGCUCCUCACCCCCCGUGACCUCUGUCUUGGCACUUCUCUUGCGGUUGCAGCAGAUCUCUAACCUACCUUCAGCUUGAUUAUACUGUACCUGUGUUCCAGCUAUUUGAGCAUAAACCCCAUUGUAAUCGA